UUGUUGCCUUUUCCUUCCACCACCGUACAGAUCGCCUCUAUCUCCGCCGCCCCUGAAGAUGCCUUCUCGCAGAAGAACGCUUUUGAAGGUCAUCAUCCUCGGCGAUAGCGGGGUUGGGAAGACCUCGUUGAUGAAUCAAUAUGUAAACAAGAAGUUUAGCAAUCAGUACAAAGCCACUAUUGGAGCUGAUUUCUUGACCAAGGAAGUGCAGUUUGAAGAUAGGCUAUUCACCUUACAGAUCUGGGAUACAGCUGGCCAGGAAAGAUUUCAGAGUCUUGGUGUAGCCUUCUAUCGGGGUGCAGAUUGCUGUGUCCUUGUCUACGAUGUAAAUUCAAUGAAGUCAUUUGAGAACCUAAACAACUGGAGGGAUGAGUUCCUUAUUCAGGCAAGCCCAUCUGAUCCAGAAAAUUUUCCAUUUGUGGUGAUCGGCAACAAAAUUGAUGUUGAUGGGGGAAAUAGUAGAGUGGUAUCUGAGAAAAAGGCUCGGGCUUGGUGUGCCUCAAAAGGGAACAUUCCAUACUUUGAGACUUCUGCCAAGGAAGGCACCAAUGUGGAAGAAGCUUUCGAAUGCAUCGCAAAGAAUGCCCUGAAGAGCGGGGAAGAGGAAGAAAUAUACUUGCCGGACACCAUAGAUGUUGGCAGCAGCAGUCAGCCGAGGGCAUCUGGAUGUGAGUGCUAAGCAGUUGAUUGUUUUGGUAAUCGAGAUCUCGUAGCUCCAAGAACAGUGUGGACAACUUCUAGCCCUGUGAUUUUUUCCUCUUUUUUUUUUUUUUUUUUCGGUUUUCCCUUAAUGAAUUGUUGCUUGUUGUCAAGCUGCCCUUGUACAUUAGCCUUUACAUUCAGCAGAUUGAUUGGUCCUGGAGUGCUUGUUGAUGGUAGUCUUUGGUACUUCUUGUCCUAAUAACCUAUGGGCCGGAGGGUUCCAUAUUAUUUAUUGUUAUAAUUGCUGUUCAAAGAUUGACAUAAUUUUUAUUAAUUCAUCAUUCUCCUUAUA